AUGAACUGUGCAUCGCUGUGCGUUAUGCCCGGUUCCAUGUGUCUCCUCGUGCUCUUGGCAGACAGCGGCCGUGGAGCUGAAAUCGCACCCGUAACGAGCGACAAACCACAUCACACUGGGACUACGCCGGACCCCGCUUCACAGCUUGGUCCGGCAACGUUUCCUCCUCCCGCAGUCGAUGGAAACUCGAGUACCGACGCGGUGAUUCCGUCGGUGCGACCACCUUCCGCUUACGAACUGCGCCGGCAGCAGCUGCUAGAAGAUCCGGACAGCUUCAGCGAGAACGAUCUGCAGCCCAUCCGGGAGACGCACGUUAACGUGCUACACGAAGCGAUCGACGCGAAGCUAAUCGACCAGAGCUUCAUUCGGACGCUGGCUGCCGUGUCGGAACCACCGAAGGUGCACGAUGCCAAACGGGACACGCUGACCAUUCGGUCGAUUGUCGAGGAUCUGAACUUUACGAUCGGCGAGCAGGUGGGGCAAUGGAAAACGAUAAGCCCGAAGAACGCCAAACGGCACGUGGUCGUUGGCUUAACGGAGACCAGCUUGCUGGUGGUGGAGGAGCAGCCCGAUGGUGGAGUGUACAGCGUGAAACAGGAGCUGGUGCUAGAGUCUCCCCCGAUCGCGUUCGAGGUGUUGACCCUGUGGGACACGGAACAGGCGUCCGCGGUCGGCUGUGUCGUGGUAUCGAUGGGCAACUUUCUCGUGUGGUACACGAUGCGAGAGGCAGACGGCCAUCAGCUGGCGGAGGAAUGGCGCUGGCCACUGCACAAAACCAUCACCCAGAUUAAGUUCUUUCGCCAGCAGGACGUCGAUGCGCUGCUGCUGAUCGGGCGCCAUCCGAACCGCGACGAGUCCGUCUCGGCCACGGUGUACGAGUUUUCGUUCAACGCGCGGCAGUUCUGGCUGAUGCAGAAGCACGGUCUGGCCUGGCCGUGCCCUUCCGUUGGGCUGGUGGUGGCCGGCGAGGAGUAUCUGGUAGCGUUUCCGCAGAAUUCAACCGUCGAAAUCUACACCUUCCGGGUGGGGGACCAGAACCGGCGCCGGUUCACUUUGGUCGGGAACUACACCUCGGAGGAACUGCGCUCGGUGUACGCGUUCCAGAUCGGGCGCUACUCGUACAUCGCCAUCAGCGGGAAGUCGCCGGCCGUGUUGCGCUACAAACAGGGCAAGUUUUACGCACAAAAGAUACCCACCGAGUCGCUCGAGAUCGUGGAGGCCUUCUUUGAAAUACCGGCGCGCACAUUCCGGGACGACAUGAUCCUGCUGGUGCAACACCGGAUGAUCUUCGACACGCACGAGGUGCAGCGCCUGGAGGCGCUCGUCUGGAACGGCGUGUCGUUCGAUUUGGCCACCAACAUUCCGUGCAUGGUGGAGAACGAAAUCAUCGACCACGAGGCGAGCUGCAUGCUUGAUCCCGACCGGAGCGACGGGCUGUUCGGGGCGACGAUCGUCCAACGGGGUAAAGCCAUCUCGAUUAUCGUACCGCGACACCAGGCGCACGCCAGCCUGUACCAUCUCACGAUCGAGCUCCUCUCCGGCGAGCACCCGAUCCUGAUGAAGAUCCAGGAGAUCAAGGAAACGAUGGAAGCGUUCACGAAGAUUAUCGACCACCAGAACGCGGUCAUCGAACAGACAGAAUCGUUCGUCGCAAUGAUGGAAAGUGAUCCGGUGGUUCUCAAGCGGCAACAGCUACGAACGGUGGAAACGCCCCACGUUCGGUUUGCCGAUGGGUACGACCUGUCCGCGACGACGCUCACGAUCGGUCACAAUACCUGGCGCGAGGCAGAUUUGACGGUCGAUUUGGGGGCCACCGUGAAAAUGGUGCAGCAGAUCGAAACAAGUGUGGACGCGAUGCUGGCCGAGCUCAAGUAUAGCGUACGGCGAGACGCACGAUCGCACGAUCUGCCCAUCAACGGCACCGUAGAGGUGCAGGGCAAGCUGUACGUUGACGGAGCACUCCAUGCGGACGAUAUGUACAUCCAGCGAUUCGAGCAGCCCCAGGAGAGCGGUCACGCACGAUUUAUUCGGGACGCCGAUGAGCCACCUCUGAAGGAACUCCAUCUGAAGGAACUGUCGGUGGAGCAGCUCUACUUUGACUACUUCAACGGUGUGCCGGCCACGGACCUGGUGUAUAACGUCGACGGAAAGGUCCAACUCGACGGCGAGCUGGUGGUGGUCGGUGACCUCUACACGAACAACGUGAUCCUUCCGGACGGUGGUACGGUCAACGGGAUGGACCUGAGCGAGACGCUGGUUUAUUUUAACUGCAAAAAUAGAAGAUGGAAAAAUUUAACAUUCGAAUCGCUCGAGGUGGUCGACGAUAUACACGUCGCGGAGAGCAUUAAUGGUGCGCACAUCGAUUUGAAGCAGGCAGAAUCGUCACUCAGAAGUGCGGUCGAUGAGCACGUGCGGGUGCUGCGCACGAAAAGCCUCGACAUCGAGGGUGACCUCACGUUCGAACGCAUCAACGGCAUCCCGUGGCAAGCGUUCCUCGAUGGGCUCAUCUUCAAAAACACCCCAUUGCGGUUGCGCCAACUAUACGUGCAAGGGAAUGUAACCUUCGGGAGUGACGCUACCGUACAGUUCCUAAAUGGGCUACGCUUCCCGGACGACUACAUACUAACGGAGGGCCGUCGGGAAACGAUCGUUACUGGUCAGAAGUGGUUCAAAGGACCUCUGACGAUGGAUGCGGUUGAUAUCGAUGGUUUCGUGAACGGCAUCAAUCCGUUCGAUUUCAUUACGCUCUACGAGGACCAGUACAUUCCGGGCAACGUGGCGUUCGAGUCGCUAGAAGUGGAGGAAUCUCUCGACGUGCGUGGUACGGUGCGGGGAAAACACAUGGACCAGUUCCUAGACAACCCAUCGUUGGUGCAAACGAAAACACUCGAAGCAUCGUGCGAGUUCAACGAACUCGUUGUUAAUGGGCCAAUCUACAUAGACGAGCUUAAUGGGUACGAUUUGGAUGACUUCCUGCAGAACGUGGUCUACGACGACGAGCCGUACGUCGAGAUAAACGCAUCGAAGCACUACCGAAACCUGCGGUUCAUCGAGCCGAUACGCGUCGACUCCAACAUGCUGGGCGAGAUCCAUCUGGACGAGUUGCUCACGAAAAGCACCGACCAGACGCUCAAUAUUAGCAUGAUCGUAGGGAACGUGUUUUUCAACCGGGUACAGGCGGAUGGUCUAUUCGGGGGCAACAACGUGACCGACUGGGAUACGAAUUCGAUCAAGGUAUUUGGCGAUCAGCACACGGAAGCGACGUUGGAGUUUUGCUCGGAUUACUCCUUGCUAUAUGCAAAGCAGCUAGACAUUGUUGGCAGCCUGAACGGUGUACCAGCCAGUGGGUUCUACGAUAUCGAUGAAGAGGUGGUCAUCAAGGAUCAAUCCGUUCAUGUGGGGGAGCUGUACAGUAACAGCAUGAAGCUGACGUACAGUUCUGUCAACGGCAAAGCGAAGAUGUUGAACGGCGUUCACUUGCCAACGUUCGACGCAAACCGAUUCAGCCUGAGUAAGUCACAGCACUUUAACCACGACGUUUACAUUGACACGCUCUACGUGAGUAAGUCACUGUCCGCGUACUACCUCAACGGGUACGAUCUAUCGCGGCUUCAGGAAAACGUCGAGGCGUAUCUGAACGAUGACUUCAUGCUCGGCGGACGGCACAUGAUUGAUACAAUUCACAUCGACGGAGAUUUAGAGAUCGGUACACUGAACGGGAUUGACUUUGCCCACUUCCUGGACAACGUCAUUUGGCUGGAUCGACCGAACGCAGUGCCAGGCUUGCUGGAGUUCGAACAGCCGUUGACCGUAAACGGCGACCUGAUCCUCGAGGGCAGGCUAAACAAGAUACCUUUCAACGAUUUUCUCGCGGACGUAGUGUACAAGAGUGACGGCGUGAUCGAGUUCGCGGGCCCGAAACUGUUCACGCACGGAUUCGACGUAAGAGGUAACCUUAACGCGUCCACCAUCAACAACGCGCCGGUAACGGAUUUCGUCCUUAAGAAUGAUGCUGUGUCCCUCACCGGUGACGCCGUUACGCUGGGAAGAGUGUACGUAAAGGAGCUGAUCGUGAGCGACACGAUCAACGGGAAGUCGUUCGAACCGGUGCAAAAGUACUACGCGUACGACAACCAAACCGAUACGCACAUCGUCAAGGGAGACCUGUACCUGGGCGGAUUCCAAAUGAUCCACCACCUGGAGGCGCUCGGUGGCUGGAACGAGUUGACCAAUGUGUCGCAGAAACUGGCGUCGCUUAUACGCACCGAUCAGGACUAUCACUUCAAGGGGCGCUACGCUUUCAACAAUGAGGUCCACUUUAAAUACGGAUUCACAGUCGACUUUCUGAACGGGUACAAUGUGUCCAAUGUGCACAACGAAAUUGUGUACUACGACCAGCGGGAACCGAUCGUGUUCGGCAAGGAAGCCAACUUCCUCGGGAAGGUUCGGGCCGAACAAGUCCACGUUCAAGGUGACCUUAUUGGGAAAGAUCUGCAGGGCAUCGAUCCGGAUGAGUUUGCUAAGCGAACUCUUCUGACAAACAGAGAUUACGAAAUUCUAGAAAAAGUCGUCUUCGAACCGGGUGCCUUCAGUUGCGACAACCUGAACGCAACGUAUAUCAACGGUUUGCCGACGAAGGAUCUCAUCACUCUGCACACGGAACAAACGAUAGAGCAUUCGGUUUACGUUCGAGAAAUUAUUGUAAACCAUCCACUGAGCGUCGCGGGACUCGUCAAUGGAAGGGAUCUUCGCACGGAACGCCAGAAUACGGUGAUGCGAUACGGCGAUCAAGUUAUUGAGGCUCCAUCGGUGUUCAGCUUUGUACGUGUGCUGAACAAUCUUACUCUUCCGGCGAUCCUCAACGGUGUGCCGUAUAGUGAACCGGUACAGCUGGCACCCGAAAUGACCAUAUCUUCACCGAUUAGCUUCUACCAGAUCGCCACCGAGGAGGCGUACACUGAGGACACCAUAGGAGGAAUUCACUUUGACCAGUGGUACGAUCAGUGCCUGUGGACCGACGGUCGCAAGCACCAGCACUACCUCGGCCAGAUCCGCGCUCGAAAGGUCGUGUUUCGUAGUUCCAUCAUCGGGAACGGCACGAUCAAUGGGCAUCCGAUAAGCGUCAUUGCACAGCGGCUUCGGUCGGAAAAGCAGCACGCGGAGAGUGCACUUUCGAAGCAUCGGUCACAGUACCGUGCCGCGUGUCGCGAAACACAAACACUCAUCAACGGUACCCAGCAAGGAACGUACUUCUUCAACUACUUCGUGCAGCGCCAAACCAUCAACGAGCAGCGCGACAUUCAAUCGUUCUGGACCUUCGAACAGCACGGCAACCACUUCCUGGGGGUCAAUUAUGGGUGCGAAAGUAAAUUCUUCCAGUGGAACCCACACGAUCGGCUGUUUGUCGCCCUGUUCGAGACCGGCACGGGCCACAUAUUUGAGUGGCAAACGCUAACAUCCGAGAAUGAAGGCGACGGUAGCGGAAGCAUCCAUCUGAUCACUCGGUCCACUCCGCACGACCAGGCGUGCACCGUCGGUGGACUUUCGCUCUGGAAGUUUAAGGGACUAUCGCUGGAGUUGGUAAAGAACUUCCCCGACAAGGACGUUGACAGUUUGCUGGUCGAUGCUGUCCGGGCCCGGGAUCGGUUCUACGCACUGGAACGUACGACCGUCCAGGAGUACGAUUUGCUGGGAAACGUGACCGAUGAGUGGAAUUUGUCGAAAAUCUUUGAAACGGCAGCCUUUCUACCGAACAGUCUCAACAUCGGACUGGCGCUUGCCGAUGGCAAAAGGAUCGCGGUGCUGGAACGUAAUGAGUCCGCUCCUCCCAUACGUCGGAAGCGAUCGAACGAAGACCCUCAGGUGAAUCUUGCUCUGUUUGCGUUGCCUUAUAAUAUGUACGACCACAUGCAGCGGAACCACACGAACCACCGGGUUGAAGAUAACACCUACGGGGUGCAGCACGACAGUGACUUGCCAGAGGAUGCACCCGUGCUCACGCAACCGGAUCCACUGAACGAGAUCGGAUCGGUGCAGGAGAGUAACGAGACCAUCAUACAGACGCGCCAAUCAUCACCCGACGUUCGGGAGCCGACUUUGGCGACCGAUCUGGAACCGCGGAUAGCGAAGGAGGUGCCAUUCGGGCGCAUUAGGACAACGGAAAACCAGCACUUCCCUGAUUCGGCCACCGGUGAGGUGUUGAGCUUUCAGGUGGGCCUUCGGGGCGAGCAGCGGCACACGCUGGUCGCGGUCACGCAGACCCUCCAGACCACCAUCAAGGGCAAGCACGAUUCGGUGCGGAUCUAUAGCGAUAUCCUGCAGGGCCACAUUUACCAAAUCAUUCCGAGCUACCGGCCCGGCCAGCUGGCGGUGCUGGAGAUCCGCGACGAGACGAUCCUGGCGUUCCUGGAGCACGGCCAGAAGGUGCAGCUGUACACGUACCGCGGGCGGAAAGGAUUCGUUCACUGGAACAGCUUCAACCUGGCGUCGGCCGGCGUGCAGAUGGCGGCCGUGCGCCUACCGCAGGCACAGUUCUUCAAGUGUAAGCUACACUAUCUGGCGAUCGCACUGAGCAGCCGCGAGCUGGUGUUCCUGAAGGCCAAAACGCAGGGUGACUGUGGCAUCAAUCUGCAGCUGGACUGCGGAACCGGCGAUUAG